AUGGCAGUAACCUCGACAAAUACGUCCAAGAGGCUCGAGGCUGAUGCGGCGAGCACCCAUACAGUACCUGAUACUGACGGAGAUGAAACGAGGAGAGAGCUUUCGGAGCCUGUCAGGCUCAACACUCGUACCAAUAAUGCUGCCUUCGACGGCGCCUUCGACGAGUCAUUUGCCGGUGCAGUCGGGAACGUUACCGAAGCCUCUGAUUUGCCCUGGUACCGACUGCGUGAGUACUUCACCGAAGGAUGGGCAAAUCCUGUCAUUUGGCGUUCAACUGUUGAUGGUCGAGUGCUUGCCACGGCGUCAAUGAUUUAUAUCUCUGGCCAGUUUGGCUUGACACUGCUGAGCUAUAAAACCAACCAUGUCGCCGGCUAUGUUGGCAUUUUCAACACCCUUCUCCUAGCCACGUUCAUCUAUGCAGUCUCUCCGGCCACCGGCGGACAUCUGAACCCGAUGAUCACUUUCACGACCAUACUCUGUGGCCUCACUCCAUUAUCCAGAGGAGUGCUGCUCAUGGUCGCCCGAAUAAUCGGCGGCAUUCUAGCCGGGGCCAUGCUGCUGGGAUCUUGGGGUCACGAGAGAGCAAUCUCCAACCUCGGGGGCGGGAGCUUCUUCGACCCAGAAUUCCUCUCACCCGGCCAGGCGCUCUUGACCGAGACAAUGUCUUCACUUUGCCUACUCCUCCUCGCAGUUAGCACUGGCCUAGAUCCCCGGAGACAGGUUUUGUACGGCCGUCAGCUAGGCCCUCUCCUCUUUAGCCUCAGCUUGAGCUUCAUAUCAAGCGCAGCUUCAGGAGGAGUGUAG